AUGAUGCUAGAGCAUGCCCUGGGACCAAUGAAGAAAUAAAAAGACAAAUGAAUGCCCUACUUGCAGCUGGGGAAGAGAAGAAAUUGUGAAAGGAGAAGGCAAAACUAGCCAUGAGAUCAGCCAUAGUUGAAUCUCAAGGUGUUUCUAUUGACCUUGAAGAGGAACAAGAAGCACUUGAGGGCAUAGUGGGCUCUCGGCGUGGCCCACGUAUCCGCAAACCAACCAUCACCUCGCCCGUUGCUUCUGCUUCCUCUAGUAGAGUACCUGGCACUGUUCCACUUCCAUCACCACGAGCAGGGUCCAUAGGUGAUUAUUUUGUGCCUAGGAACACACCUGGAGCACAACCAUCAUUAGAGGUCACUGGAUGGAAUAAGGAGGUACAUGAGAAAACUGACAUUGCAGUAGCUGAUUUUUGGUACUUCAACAACAUUGCAUUCAAUGUGGCGGAGAAUGCUUAUUGGUUGAAUUUGGUGACUGCUAUGAUAGUUUCAGGAAAGGGGUACAAGGCCCCUUCUUGCAAGGAUUUGAGUGGGAGGUUGCUCACAAUGGCAGUUGGUUGGGCAAGAGAAGUGAUGCAGGAUCAAAAAAUUGAAUGGGCAAAUUAUGGCUGCACCAUUCUUUCUGAUGGGUGGAUAGAUGGCAAGAACCGCACCAUCAUCAAUUUUUUGGUUGCUUGUAAGGAGAAUGUAGUAUUCUUGAAAUCUGUUGAUGCCUCCAGCAAGGUGAAAAAUGCAGAAACAUUGGCUGGAAUGUUGGAGCAUGUCAUCAUGGAGGUGGGGGUAGAGAAUGUGGUGCAAAUCAUCACAGAUAAUGCAGCAACAUAUGUGUCAGCAGGAAGAAUCCUCCAAGAGGGGCACACCACUCUUUUUUGGACACCUUGUGCAGCACAUGUCCUUGACCUUCUCUUGGAGGACAUAGGAAAACUUGAGUGGGUGACUCCAAUUGUGGAAAAUGCAAGGAGGAUCACCAAAUAUAUUUACAAUCACCCCUGGGUCCCACAUUUGAUGAGACAACACACCCAAGGGAAAGAUUUGGUGAGAGCUGGUGUCACAAGGUUUGCAAUGAUAUUCUUGACGUUGCAAAGCCUUCUUGCUGCAUUGACUUCUUGGAAACAAAUGUUCGUGAGUGGAGAAUGGCUUAACUCACCUUAUUCAAAGAAGCCUGAAGGAGAGGCUGUAGCAUGCAUAGUCUUCGACAACCAAUUUGCACAAAGGGCUGCAGAGAUUGUGAAGGUGUCAGAGCCCUUGGUUCGAGUUCUUCGCUUGGUGGAUGGGGAUAAAACCCCAAUGGGAUAUCUUUAUGAGGCCAUGGAUAGGGCCAAGGAGUCUAUCAAAAAUUACAAGGGGGAUAGGCUCAAAUUUGAUCCCAUUUGGGAAAUUGUUGAUAGGAGGUGGAACAAUUAGCUCCACCAACCCAUUCAUGCAGCAGGUUACUUCCUCAACCCUCGUUUUAGGUUUGGGGUUUCUUACUCAGAUUCGAAUGGAGAAGUCAUGGAGGGCCUCAGUAUAGGCAUUGAGAGGAUGGUACCUGAUGUUGAGGAGAGAGACCUCAUUGUGAGUGAGCUCCAAAAUUAUGAGGGAGGAAGGGGUAAGCUAUUCUCUUCAGAGCCGGCUAGGAGAGGAAGAACCACUCAAACCCCAGAUGCUUGGUGGCAAAAUUGGGGUGGAAACAAUUGCAGUUCAUCCAAUUGUGAGCGCAAUUGGAGCUUGUUUGAAGUAAUCCACACGAAGAAGAGGAGCAAGUUAGCGCAGAAACGGCUCAAUGACCUUGUCUACAUGCAAUAUAAUCUUCGAUUGCGUGUAAAGAAGGUAGAGGAACUACAAGGUGGUCCAAUUGACUUGGAUGAUAUAGAUCCUUACAGUGAUUGGACAUCACAGGAGCAACCUCCAUUGUUUUCCGACACUGACAUCACUGAUUUGAAGAGGCAGGCUAUGGAGGAGGGUGGUGGAUUUGGUUUCAGGCUGGAUGACAUUGAGGAGGAUGAGGAUGAGGAUUCAUUGCUAGUGCCAGAGGCAGGUGGAGACAUAGCUUCAUCCAGGAUGGAGGAUGAGUCUCAACCAACCAUACUGAGCAAGGAGGCACAGUCACGCCCAGUCCCACAGCAGACUUAUGCGACGAGACAGUCUAGACCCUCUUGUUCUACCUC